GAGGAGGCAAAUCGAAAAGAAACACAGCCAGCCAGCAGACAGUUCCCGAGAGUGAAAAAAAGUCAAGAUGGUGUUUGCAAAGUUCGGUUUUAUUUUGCUGCUGGCGUCCAGUUUCGCCCAAGGAGAUCUGCACGGCAAGCUGCUGGAUGAGACCGAAGAAACGAUGGACCUGGAGGCACACCACCCGAUUCGUGAUCUUCCAAUACAGAAUUCAAUCGUGUCCCAUCAGAGGCGCCACUCCAAAUCCAAGAGACGGAUGAAACGAAGAUACAAAUGCUACAGCUGCGAACCGCCCGACUGCGCCGACACGACGGCCCAUGCCCACCUCUGCCAGAAUGCGAUCCAGUGCUGGAAGUCGCGAAUCCGUGACCAGUACGGGCACGAGAGCGUAUCCCGCGGCUGUACGACCACCCACGAGCAACUUCCCCUCUACUGCAAUCCCAGCCUGAUGAACAGCAGUGGACCGAAGAAACGGCACGCCUCCGGAACGUACAACAUCGAGUGCUGCACCGGAGACUACUGCAACAACGGGACGUUCCCAGCGUUGCCACCGGUGGAGUAUGGAAAUGAAGUGAUGAAGCUAGAGAGCUCAACCUAUGCACUGAAAAUGACGGGGGCCAUUCUGGGUCCGGUGACGAUGCUGAUCGUAGGCGCUACAAUUGUUUGGUACUUCAUGCGCCGAUCGCACCACAAGCGACUAAUGGCUUCCAGGAGUAAGCAUGAUCCGGAGACCUAUUACGCCAGUGAUGAAAUUCUCAGGGCCACCAGUGCCGGGGACAGUACGCUUCGGGAAUAUCUUCAACACUCGGUUACGUCCGGUUCGGGUAGUGGUUUGCCGCUUUUGAUUCAGCGUACACUGGCCCGGCAGGUGUCGCUGUGCGAGUGUAUCGGUCGCGGUCGAUACGGAGAGGUGUGGCGAGGCAUCUGGCACGGGGAGAGCGUGGCCGUGAAAAUAUUUUUCUCGCGCGACGAGGACUCGUGGAAGCGCGAGACGGAGAUCUACAGUACGGUACUGCUGCGGCACGAGAACAUUCUCGGCUACAUUGGGUCGGACAUGACCUCGCGGAAUUCGUGCACCCAGCUUUGGCUUAUCACGCACUAUUACCCGCUGGGAUCGCUGUUUGAUCAUCUGAACCGGACUGCCUUGAGCCAUCACCAGAUGGCGACGAUUUGCCUUUCAAUUGCCAACGGUUUGGUGCAUCUGCACACAGAAAUCUUCGGCACGGAAGGUAAACCGGCAAUCGCUCAUCGUGACCUGAAAACGAAGAAUAUCCUUGUGCGCAUCAACGGAUCGUGUGUGAUAGCCGACUUUGGCCUUGCCGUGACGCACAGUCAGACGACUAACAAGAUCGACAUGGGUAAUACGGCUCGAGUCGGAACCAAGCGUUACAUGGCACCGGAAGUGCUGGAUGAGAGCAUAAACAUGGAAUGCUUCGAGUCCCUACGCAAGGCAGACAUCUACGCGAUCGGACUGAUGUUCUGGGAGAUCUGCAGGCGCACUCUGUCGAAUGGCAUCGCCGAGGACUAUAAGGUUCCGUUUUACGACUGCGUCACGUCCGAUCCGAGCUUCGAAGAGAUGCGAAAGGUGGUCUGUGGCGAUAACUAUCGACCAUCGAUACCAAAUCGCUGGGUUUCGGAUCCGCUCCUGUCCGGCAUGGCCAAAUUGAUGCGCGAGUGCUGGCACGCCAACUCGAAUGUGCGUCUGCCGGCGCUGCGGAUAAAGAAGACGCUACUGAAGUUGGCCAGUUUGGACGAAACGGUCAAGCUCAACUACGACGGGGAGAUCUGCGUUUGAUGGCUGCUGCCCUGUCGCUAUCCGGGACAAGGUGAUGGCGCUUCAUCUACAGCGAAAUCAAGGUAUCAAAUGAGACAACAACAAUAUCACUUUUCGGGGUUUGGAUGUAGGUUCUUGGGUAUGGUUGGUUUGUGCCUGUUGAGUGCAAAAGUCCGUUUGAAUGUGCGACUAUGUGUGAAUGCGUUCAAACAUUUCAAUCGUGUACAUAUUUUGUGUGUAUAAUCUAAUGACUGUACUAGACUAGAACUGUUAAUUUUACGAACCAUUUUUGAAUUGUCCCGUCGGUCCCCUUCAUCAGCUUUAAAUUGAGUAUCGAAUUGCGUUUUUAUCACUACUUUAUUUUCGUUCGUAGAAAGUUACGACGUUUUUCAUUUCAUUUAAUUUUAGGACAUAUGUUUUGAUGAGUUAUCAUCAUAAAACCCAAAAAAUAUAAUAUCAAACAAUGUUCAGUAUUAUUAACUGAAUAUAUAUUGUUAAAUACGACAAUGCAAACUGUAAUCAGAUUCAAUACGAUGCAAAUCUAACACCCCAAACAAAGAUAGAACUAUUUACACUUUUGCGUGAGGAAUCGAAAAACAGGUCAACGUUAUACCCUUUCUGGAACGGUUUUACACUUUCUUUCUAUUUGUUCAGUUGGGACAAAUUCACAUCCAAAUUAAGUGCCAUUUAGUAAACAUUUUUUCCCGAGCAUGAAAGGAAGAGAUAAGAUUCUCUAGGGUUAGUCUAAUAUUUUGGAAAUAAGCUCAUUUAUUCAUUGAUUUUGUGUAAAUAUUUCCUCUACCUUUGAUUUCUAUACUACUUUUAUGCGAGAUUUGUUGGGUGAAUAGGAGUGAUUCGAGAAGAACACAAGAAAUGUACGGCAUUUCUCGACUUUGAGAAUCGUGCUAGAUGCAAGAAACUGAUUCGAGAAUUAGUUUCGAUUUAUUAGAUUAGUUGAGUUCUAUUAUUUUCAAGCAAUAAAAUCAAUAUAAAGGAUAGAUAGUUUGUAAC